GGCUAGCAGUUACCAGUUUGGUCAACAUAGUCUGGACCCUGGCCCAAUAGCCUCAUUCUAUCGGGUCGGUUGAUCAGUGAACACCUUUCGGAACUCAAAAUUUAUAAAACCAAAAAGAAAUAAAAAAAAAAAAAUAUUAAAAAAAAACUAUAUAUAAAUUUGGUAGUUCAAAAUUUCUGUAAUGGACCUUUCGAAAGCUGAAAGACAAAGUCCAAACGAGGAUCGCCGGGCGGAUAGCCCGGAUUACCUCAGAACCUUGCUGCAGGACCUCUUAUGUUUCUUUAUCCUACUGUCGGUCGCCCUUCUCAUAGUGGCGGGCAUCCUUUUCGUUGUGGAGGACAUGGGCCGACUGCAGCAACAGACACGCCGUAGCCCCGCUCAAGAUCCAUCCACAAAUGACUCCCAGGUCGCGGUCGGAUCUCUAGAGGAACCCUCGAAGACGCCAGGACGGCGAUGCUUCAAUCCCUACAAGUGGAUACGUUUCUUCAACUGCCACAAACGGAUUGACGUGGCCCAGGAAGCGGAGCAACCACAACCGCAACACCAGGGCCAGGGAGAGGAGCCGAAGAAGGAUCAAAAACUGGAGCAGCAGCAGGCGGCUGAGGAUCCUGCCCCCACAUAUGGACCGGCAGUUGAUCCGCAGCAACGGCAGGCUGCCGGUGAUCAACUUGAUGCGGCAGCCGCCAUGAAAUACAGACGACGUCAUUCACAUAUAGACCCGGAUCUGCAGCAUUUAGCCGAUCCAUUUUAAAGCGUUUAAUUGCGCAGAAGUAACAACUCAAUACAGUAUACACGUGCACAUACACACCCCAAACAUACACGUGCUGAAUCCCUACUAUAGCCCGGACUUUUUUUUUUUGCCAUGACGUCGUACAAUAUGUCUGCAUGUUCUUUUUGAUGCAUUCGAAGCUCCGAACUAUUGGGUAUUCCCCGAUAGGUUUGUCUAUUGAUGUGUAAAAGCCACCGGGCUAGAUUCUAUCGAUGUCGAUUGAGAGAUAGUCCCGGGUUUACAAAACCAAACUCAAAACUACAGUUGUAGCCACAUUAUUUGGCAUUCCAAACUAUGAGAUCGGCGCUUUGCGGACCUCAGAUGGCCAUCAUGAGCGCGAAACCAAACAAGAACAUCCAAAUGUACAUAGCGGUAUCAGCACACAAUUAAUAAAAGCUUUUUCACUCGUACCGCAUAUAAGGAUUGCUUUUAUUCCAAGAAAACUGUAAAUAAAGUUCAUAUUGAAUAUAUCAAA